UCUGCGAAACGAAUUUCCAACCCGGAUGUGGUGCGGCAGGGGAAGGAGGACGCUGAUUGGUUGACACGCAGGGCGUCGCUGACGUCAUACCGGAAGUUUUUCUUUUUUCUUCUUCUUCUUCUUCUUCUUCUUUCCUCCUUUCACAGCUGCAAGCCGUCGGAGCAUCUCUCCGCUGCAGCAUCAGCAACAACCGAGCUAAUAAACUGACACUAAAUAUGCCCGGAAGUGCGGGCCGAUUCUCUGAACUAGCUCAGGGCCGGACCAUGUGGUGAUGAGCGGUGUGCCAUGCAGAGGAGACACAGCAGCAACACGGAUGGCAUGCCCUCUGAAAGGAGCCGAAGCCAAACUCUGGGAUCGGAGAGCAGCCUGGAUGAGGGCGGCGUGUUCGACUGCCUGAAGCCCGACUCACCCGCCUCGCCCCAGCAGAUCUUCUCCGGCCUGGUGGGCGUCCCCUCCGGCUCCGUCUCCUCUGCCCAAUUCCAGGCGGCCGGCAUAGUCCUGGGCUCUCCCCCGGAGGUUUUCAUCCAGAUGACGGCAUCGUCCAGAGAAGAAGGAGGACCCCACCGCACGGAGGUUGGACCUUUCCUCCCUCGGCCGCCCCCGCACCACCACCACCACCACCACCUCCACCAUUUCCACCACCAGCCCCUGCAGCACAGGACCUCGUCUCUGCUGCAGCAGGCCGCGACGGCAGGCGGCUCGGAGAGGCACGGCUCCAGGGAGGAGGCCCAGGAAGAGCCGUCCACGCCAGCGCCGGCCCUGUCUGAGCUGAAGGCGGUCGUCACAUGGCUGCAGAGAGGCUUCCCCUUCAUCCUCAUCCUGCUGGCUAAAGUCUGCUUCCAGCACAAGCUAGGUAUUGCUGUCUGUGUGGGCAUGGCCAGCACAUUCGCCUACGCCAAUUCCACGUUUAGGCACCAAGUGUCACUACGGGCGGAACGUUCCGUAUGCGUCGCUCUUUGGAUCGUCACGUUCCUCGCGGGGAACAUCGUGUACAUCUACUACACAUUCAGUCACGAGGAGCUGCACAACAGCCUCAUAUUUUCCAAGCCCAACCUCAACAGCUUUGACUUCUUCGAUCUGAUCUGGGCCGUGGGCAUCAACGACUUUGUCCUCAAGUACUUCACCGUCGGCCUGAAAUGCUUUCUCCUCUUUUUGCCCAAGAUUCUCCUGGCUUUCAAAUCCAGGGGUAAAUUCUACCUGCUGAUAGAGGAGCUGAGUCAGCUGUUUCGGGCCCUGGUGCCCAUCCAGCUGUGGUACAAGUACAUCAUGGGAGAAGACCCGUCCAGCAGUUACUUCCUGGGAGCCACACUCAUCAUCAUCUACAGCCUCUGCAAGUCCUUUGACAUCUGUGGACGAGUGUCUGCCAUCCGCAAGGCCCUGGUCAUGCUCUGCAGCUCCCAGAGUUAUGGAAUGAGGGCCGGCGGUCAGCAGUGCAGCGAGGCGGGCGACGUCUGCGCCAUCUGUCAGGCGGAUUUCAGAGACCCCAUCGCCCUCCUCUGUCAGCACGUGUUCUGCGAGGAGUGCCUGUGUUUGUGGUUCGACCGGGAGCGGACGUGUCCGCUGUGCCGCUCCACCGUCAUCGAGGCCCUGCGAUGCUGGAAGGACGGCACCACCUCGGCUCACUUCCAGAUCUACUGAGCUCUCGACUCGACCCCCCACCAAGAAGGCCGUGACGGUGCCCACGUGUAUAUUUGCGAGUCCAGACAGCGGCGUGGCGUCCUUUCGCUGUUUGUCUUCGUCGCGGGGUAACUUAUCAGGCUAAAAGCGU